AUGACCCUGGAAAAUGGUUCACCAAACGCAGUCUCUAAUUCUCUGCUUCUCUCCCCAGUCUCUGUCACCCUGGAUGUGGAAACGGCGCAUCCGGCGCUCGAUGUGUCUGAGGAUCGGAAGAGUGUGAGAUACACCGAUACCCGGAGGGAUCUCCCUGACACCGGGAAGAGGUUCACAGACUGGGCUUGUGUGCUGGGAUCGGAGGGAUUCACAUCGGGGAGACAUUACUGGGAGGUGGAGGUGAUGGGGAAUCGGUGGUGGUAUCUGGGAGUCGCCGCAGAGUCUGUGAUGAGGAAGGGAAAGUUCACAGUGAGUCCGGAGACCGGAUUCUGGAUCAUCGGGCGGUUUGAUGACGUGUUCGGGGUUCUCACCUCCCCUGUGUCCCGUCUCUCUGCCGAUCCCAUCCCCGGGAGGGUGGGAGUUUAUCUCAGUUACGAGUCCGGGACAGUUUCAUUUUACAACGCGGAGACCAAGUCCCAUCUCCACACCUUCACUGGGAUUAAAUUCACGGAGAAACUUUAUCCUUUCUUCGGGUUUGGAUAUGAAAACGAGUGGCUGAGAAUCUGCUCCGGUUCCGCUGCGGGUCUGUAAACGGGUCGGGUCCCGUGACCGGUGUCAGGAGUCAGUCAGUGUAAAUAUAAAUGUGCGGAGAGUGAA